AUGGCCAGAUUUCUCAAAAAAAAAAACCUAUUUGGCGGUCGCCGCCAACGAGUUUCGAUUCUCGCGGCGGCGGCGACUCGUGACGAGCCGACUUGCCGGGGGCGAUCCGGCGAGGUGAGCGCCAACCACGCCCGCCACCUACUCGACAGAAUGCCUCCUAGCAGGAAGAAGCGCAAGAGUGCGCCGCCGGUGACCGCCACCGACCACAUCAGCGCCCUCCCCGACCAUAUGCUCCACCAUUUGCUCUCCUUCCUCCCAGUGCAGGCUGCCGUGUGCACGUGCGUGCUCGGCCGGCGCUGGCGCCACCUCUGGAGGUCCACCACAGGCCUGCGCAUCGUCCGCCUUGACGACGAUGAUGUCUUUGAAGUCAAAGACCUCCGGAAGUUCAUGGACCAUCUGAUAGCCCUGCGUGAGCGCACCCAGCUGGACACUGUUGAGAUCAAAUUCGAUCAAUUCGACAGUGAUGAUGUGCCCUAUGUGAACCUAUGGACCCGUUUUGCCGUGAUGUGGAAAGUUCAGGCGCUCACCCUUCAUAUCCUCGAGGAUGGUUACCUCCACCUAGACAACCUGCACCUUGUCUCUCAGCAUCUGGUAACAUUGGACCUUCAUUCUGUAGCCCUACAAAAGGCCUUUCUUGAUUUUGCUAGCUGUCCAGCAUUGAAGGAACUGAAAAUGAAUGAUUGCGAAAUCAAUGCUGAUAGGAUAUCAUCCCGUUCCCUAAAGCAUUUGAGCAUCACUUUUUGCCGCUCUGACUCAGAUUGCCGGGUCCGUAUUUCUGCUCCGGGCCUUGUCUCUCUAAAACUAGAAGGCUUUCAUGGUAUGACUCCUUUGCUUGAAGACAUGGCAUUGCUAGAAGCCGCAUGUGUUAAUCUUGGCAAUAGAUGCAAAGAUGUCUGUUUGAAUUAUGACUCUGGUGUUUUCUGUGGAGCUAAUGAUAAUACAUGUAAGAAUUGUGUUCCUAUUAGUGACGACGGCAGCAGCAAUUGUGUGCUUCUGGGUGGUAUCUCAAGUGCUAAACACCUCAAGUUGAUGUCUGAAAUAGGAAAGUUCAUUUUCGCAAGAGAUCUGAAACACUGCCCUGCAUUUAGUAAGUUAAAGACAUUAGUACUCAGUGAGUAUUGGUGUGAGGCUCCUUACUUGGAUCCACUAGCAUGCAUUCUGAAAAACUCGCCAGUUCUAGAGAAGCUCACUCUUCAACUAUUUUCUGAGGGACCAAAUCAUGAAGUGGAAAUGGAAGGAAGCUACUGUUGCAUGGAGAGACCGUCUGCAAUAUCAGAGCACCUUAACAUAGUUGAAGUCAAAUGUAAUGUGGUGGACAAGAGGAUUCUCAAAAUUUUGAGGUUCCUGUGUGCAUUUAACAUACGAUUCAAUUUCUAG